AUGAAUUGUUACCCAGGAUCUUCUUCCCAUGUUCAAUCGACCCUACUUCAUCCAAGAAUCCCUCUCUUCGAAACCACACAUAUCAAAUCCCUUCUAUUUUUCACCUCCCAAUUCAAAACCCCAGCAUCCACCAUGGUUUUGACCAAGAGCAGCGUGACCAUCACGCACAUCUCCACGGCAACCGCCAUCAUUUCCAUCGACGGCAUCAACUUCCUCACCGACCCGGUCUUCUGCCCAGCAGGCUCGGAAUACAUAUACGACGGCUGGUCCAAAGCCCCCAACCUGCACGAAUGGGGCUUCACCGGUAAACCUCCGACCGCAACCCUACGCAGCAUCAAUGGCCCAGCUGUCCAAAUCCACGAACUGCCCCCCAUCGACGCCGUCCUCCUCAGCCAUGAAGACCACGUCGACAAUCUCGAUCCCCUGGGCCGCCAACUGCUCGAUGGCAGACGCGUCUUCACCACCCCGGACGGCGAGAAGAACCUCCAGCCACGCCCUGGCGUCGUCGGCCUUCGUCCAUGGCAGACUGUGUCGGCGAACAUCGGGGGCAAGCAGUUCUGCAUCACGCGCACGCCGUGCGAAAAUCGGAACACCAUGUCGAAGCUUGUGAUCCCAGAUAUUGGUUAUUUCAGCAGUCGAGUUUGA